AUGAAUUGCCUGCGGAACCCAUAUCUGAUUUCUCGUUUCUUUUCAAUGGUUCCCCAGGCGCACAAUUUCUGCAAGUGGGGUGCACUAAUUCUUGCUCUUUUGGCAACUUUUAGCAGUAUAAUCAGGAGAAUCAAGAUAAUUUUCAUUCAUUUACAUGCAUUCAAACCUUCUCCAUCACAAGCUUUUGUUCAAAGUAAUGACUUUGAAUUUAGUGAUGAUGAUGAAUGCUCUUCUGUUUCUUCACAAGAAGAAGAAGGAAGCAGUCCUGCGACAUCGUUUCAAGAUCAACAGGCCGUUGAUGAAGACUUUUGUGUAAAGGGAUCGAAUUUUUAUUUGAGAAGCCAAUCGCAAAAUGGUAAUUUGAGAAACCGGGGGCGGCAAUGCUGUGGUGGUGAGUGGCUUCCCUUAUCGGAGUUUACUUCCGGUAAAAAUGUUGUAAAGCUAUGGGAUUAUUGGACCAUCCCCGAAGUGACGGUAGCGUCUCCAGAAUGUUUUCUUACAGAGGAGGGAAAUGGUAAGGGUGACAGAGUAGUUUUUAAUGGUUAUGAUACGAGAAUGCCACGCCGGGUUCCAGCUAUAUCCGCCAAAUGGCGCUCGCCAGCGGCAGCUGUGACAGAGGUGGUGUCUUCAGCCACUGGCGGGGUUGAGAAGUUCUACAUGAGAGAUACCGCUACUGGUGUUUUAACCGUUGGUGACGUGAGAAAUUUGACGGCACCGGUGGAGAAUGUGGCGGAGUACGAUGGCGAUACCUGGCAGGACGCUGACUUUGUUUUUGUUGACUAG